AUGUUCGGAGAUCUCAUUCCUUCCAUCAACAGCGUCAGGAGAAGGCCCCUUUUCCACAACCAGAAGCGAUUCGCCUACUACCGCUUCCACAAGCGAGUGGGCAAGGGCUCAUGGAGCAAGUAUGUCGAGAGGUUCAAACCCCCAAGGAGUAUCGAAAACACACAGAGACUCAUUUUCAACUAUGAACCCACAUAUUCAGAAAAAAAAGCGUCCUGUAGCUGGCAAUGGCUACUCCCGAAAAAAAUCGCACAAGCUACAACAUCGGACGAAGUUUUAAAUGUAUGGGCGUACUACCGACACAAGAGAAAAAAAUCGUAUCAUUAUUUGAAGGUUUUAAAGAGGUUAGUCGACGUGGGGACCUGCUCCACCAGUGAUUGGAGAUUCAAAUUAAUCACCUCCAGAGUACAGAACAAAAUUAAUACCUUUCUGAAUCUCCCCCGAAUAUGCUACUACUAUGGGAGAUUAAAAGCCACAGCUCAGUUAGAAGGUAUGAGUAAAAUGAUAUCCCAUCGAUUAAAUUGUUACCUUCCUCAUCAGCUGAUUUUAAUUUUGCGAAGUUUUGCUCUUUGUGAGCUGCAAGACAAGCAACUGUUCUGCAAAAUCAGGGACCAGCUGAAACCCCACAGCUAUGCUUCCUGCAUGAUUCACGACUUUUUGUUCCUCAGUGUAGUGGCGGAUGAGGUUAUGCUCAGGGUUAAGCUGUGCAACGAGCGUAGCUGCGGCCGACUCGGCGAGUACAAUGCGGGGGGAGAGGCUGGAAUAGACGCUGGAGUAGACGCGGGAGUAGCAGAAACUGCUGCUGUCGCGGAAGAAGCGCCCCUGCUGCGCGGCCUCGCCGCGGAGAACAGCCUGGUGCAGCACAAGCGGGAGCAGUUCUGCUACUACCCCCAAAUGGAGAGCCUAGUCGACAUAGCGGUCUCCUUCGCAAACCUGAAAUUCCAAAACUAUCUCUUCUUUGACUACAUUAGCAGACUCACCAUGUACAUGCUAAAAGAUCCACACAGAAAUGUCCUGAACCCCUACCUCCUAGAAAAAAUAGCUACCUCCUUUUGUAAAUUAAAAAUAAACGAUUACUCUGCACAAUCGGGUACCUAUUCUCAUCUACACUACCACUACACCACGGAGCAAUCAACCGAAUUUACAAAAAAAUGA